UGUGCGUCUUCAUCGUAUUCCUUUUCACACCUUAGCGUACCUUCCGGUUAGAACAUACGACAGGCAUGUAUGUUUUCUGGUUUGAGAAGGAUGUCUAUCACUUCUCACUGCAUGCGGGGGGCACAAAGCCCGGAAUUAAGGCCGAGAGACGGCUAUUCGACCCGCGCCCACUUCACUGAUUCCCCGCCCGACAGUAUGACGGUGGAUUAGUCUAUCGACAAUCGUAUUUAAGAUGAUGUACCUGUCCCUGAAUUUACUGUCGUGGAGUCCUCUAACUACAAUUCUCUUUUCUACCCCCGAACAACCCCCAAGAUGAUGAAGAAUGGAAUCCGCAUUGCUAUCGACCGAGGUGGAACCUUUACAGAUGCCUGGGCGGAUAUACCUGGCCGCCAAGGCCAUGUAGUAUUCAAAGUUCUCUCCGUAUCACCGGAUGAGUACGAUGAUGCGCCAACAGAAUGUAUCCGACGGAUCUUAGAAAUCGCAAACGGUACGAAGAUAUCGAAGGGGUCUCUGCUCGACCUCUCGCCUGUGGAAUCCAUCAGAAUGGGGACGACAGUGGCUACGAACGCUCUUCUCGAGCGGAAGGGUGAUCGCGUUGCCUUCAUGGUUACAAAAGGGUUCCGCGACUCCCUUGUGAUCGGCAACCAGGCCCGACCCAAUAUUUUUGACCUCUCGGUGCGACGUCUCAAGCAACUCUACGAGAAUGUGGUUGAAGUUGACGAGCGCGUCACUAUAGAAGGAUAUAGUGAAGAUCCUGAGCCUAAGCCUAUUGACACUACGUCUGAUGCCAAUUUGGUAGUCGGCCUGACAGGCGAAGUGGUCAGGAUAUUGAAAACUCCAGACCUUGAAGUUGUUCGCUCUCAGCUAGAAGCAUUGCAAUCACAAGGAUAUCGGAACCUGGCUAUUGGUUUCAUGCAUGCGUACACAUACCCGGAGCAUGAGCACCAGGUGGCAAAGCUGGCAGAAGAAAUGGGCUUCAAAGUCUCGGCCUCGUCCGUUCUCCAGUCAAUGGCGAAAUUUGUCCCUCGGAGCCAGUCAGCUGUGGCAGACGCAUAUCUCACCCCGAUGACCGCCUCUUAUCUUGAAGAUUUCCGGAAGGGAUUUAAGGGUAGCUUGGAUGAUGAGAAUGCAAACAAGGUACUUAUUAGUCAGUCAGAUGGUGGCCUGGCUACCUGGAAAAACUCUUCCGGUCUUCGAGGAGUACUUAGUGGACCUGCCGGGGGAGUUAUAGGCCUCUCAAGGACAUGUUAUGAUGCGGAGGAGGGCAGACCAGUACUGGGGUUUGACAUGGGUGGAACCAGCACCGAUGUGGCUCGGUACUCCGGUGCUCUGGAGCAUAUUUUCGAAAAUACUAUCGCGGAGGUCACAAUCCAAACGCCUCAACUGGAUAUAAACACCGUGGCAGCAGGAGGUGGGUCUAUCUUGACUUGGGAAAGUGGUUUGCUCAAGGUUGGACCAAGCAGUGCCGGCGCAAACCCGGGCCCGGCAUGCUAUGGAAAUGGUGGACCACUGACUGUGACUGAUGCUAAUUUGAUCCUUGGACGUAUUAUUCCUGACUAUUUCCCAAAACCUCUCGAUUUGAAUAUCGUGAAGGAGAAGUUUGCCGCUCUCACAGAUGUCAUUAAUGGGGAAAAAGAAGGCGGGGAAGACUUUACCCCAGAGACCCUGGCAUUGGGUUUCCUGGCCAUCGCGAAUGCAACAAUGGCAAGGCCGAUUCGAAAGCUCAGCGAGGGCCGAGGGUACAGCGCUGCUAGCCAUAAUCUUGGAUGCUUUGGAGGUGCUGGGGGACAACAUGCUGUCUUUAUUGCCCGGGAUCUUGGCAUCCAGAAAGCGAUCAUUCCACGCUAUUCGAGUAUCCUGUCUGCGUAUGGGAUGGCCCUUGCUGAUGUGGUAGUAGAGAACCAGGAGCCUGCGGCGUGGAUAUUCGCGGAAGACAUUUUGCCUGAGCUUCAGGCCCGGUUGGAUUCAAUCUCCACGAAGGGCGUGGAGGCUUUGAAAAUACAGGGCUUUCGUAAUGAAUCUAUUGUACACGAAUGCUACCUGAACAUGAAAUACCAAGGCAGUGACACGACUCUAAUGAUUCGCAGGCCAGAGCAACUGUCUGAGUUUGGGUUGGCUUUCAAUGCGCGGCACGCGCAGGAGUUUGGCUUUUCCCAAUCCCGAGACAUAUUGAUUGAUGAUAUUCGCGUGCGGAGUGUUGGAAAGUCUCGAAUUGUGAAUAUUUCUAGCCCGUUCAAGGAACUGAACAAGUUAGACGAUCGCUCAAUACAGUCGCCCUUUCCUGCAUUUACACGGAAAGUGUUCUUUGACAUUUACGGAUGGGCAGACACGAAUGUUUAUACCUUGGAUCGACUGAAUCCGGGCACUCGCAUCAAUGGACCGGCUAUGGUUAUCGAUGAAACCCAGACGAUUGUCAUCGAUCAUGCGAGCAAAGCCAUCAUACUGCCGGAACAUGUCAUUCUGGAAGUGGGAAGUGUUGACCAGGAGCAGCUUUCAACCAAUACGGUGGACCCUGUCCAGCUUAGUGUGUUCAGUCAUCGGUUUAUGACCGUGGCUGAGCAGAUGGGCCACACGAUGGAGAAAACCUCAAUAUCUGUCAAUAUCAAAGAGCGAUUGGACUAUUCUUGCGCUAUUUUCUCCGCCGAUGGUGGGCUUGUAGCUAAUGCGCCUCACAUCCCCGGCCACCUUGGCUCCAUGAGCACAGCCGUGACGGCUCAAAUCGAGAGGUAUCCACCAGGUGAUCUCAACCCGGGCGAUGUUAUCAUCAGCAAUCAUCCGGCUGCUGGUGGCACUCAUCUACCGGAUAUUACUACACUAACGCCCGUAUUUGACGACGAUGAGAACCCAUCCGCGAUCUUGUUUUACGUGGCGAACCGCGGUCACCAUGCUGAUGUGGGCGGAAUUGCACCAGGCUCCAUGCCACCCAAUUCGACCGAGCUUUGGCAAGAAGGUGCAGCAAUCGAGUCUUUCAAGCUUGUUAAUGAAGGUAUCUUCGAUGAACCGGGGUUGAUCAAGCACCUCUACGAAAUUCCCGGCACGUAUCCAGGCUGUAGCGGGACCCGCACCCUGAGCGACAACAUCGCAGAUCUGAAGGCGGCUGUGGCGUCGAAUCAAAAGGGUAUCCAAUUAAUUCAAGCCCUCAUUAAAGAAUUUACGUGGCCCGUCGUCGAGUUCUACAUGAAGGCAAUCCAGGAGAACGCCUCACAGGCCGUCCGGGACCUCCUCAAAGGCUUCGCUCAACAGUAUGAAGAUGGCGUGCUGGAAGCAGAUGAGAGGAACGACGAUGGCAUUCCCUUCCACCUACGUGUCACGAUUGACAAGGAAACGGGGAACAGCGUCUUUGACUUCACUGGAACCGGGCCGGAGCAUUCAGGGAACCUGAAUUCGCCUCAAGCCUGCCUACAUUCCGCCAUCAUGUAUUGUCUCCGAUCGAUGAUAUCUGCUGAUAUACCCCUCAACCAAGGUUGCUUAGCUCCAAUUCAGGUGGUCUGUCCCGAAGGUACUAUUUUGUCGCCCUCUAUUACAGCUGCGACGGUCGGAUGCACCACGGAGACGUCCUCCAAAAUAGCGGAUCUCAUCUUGAAAGCCUUCAAGGCUGCAGCUGCCUCCCAGGGAACAAUGAAUAACCUAACCUUCGGCUACGGAGGCACAGAUCCUGUUACGGGGAAGGUCGUCAAGGGAUUUGGAUACUACGAGACCAUCGCCGGCGGCGCAGGAGCUGGGCCGCAUUGGGACGGUACCAGUGGUGUGCAUACCCACAUCACCAACACCCGUAUUACCGACCCCGAGAUCUUGGAAAAGCGAUAUCCGGUUAUCCUGCAUGAAUUCUCCAUUCGUCGGGGAAGCGGUGGUGCUGGUCUCCAUCGCGGCGGGGAUGGGUGUGUCCGCGAUAUCGAAUUCCGGAUUCCGCUUCAGGUAUCGAUCUUGUCGGACCGACGCGUCACUGCACCAUAUGGCAUGGCGGGCGGACAGGAGGGCCAGCGGGGAGAGAACGUUUGGAUUCGGAAAGACCCAAUAACGGGAUCCACUCGCAAAGUUGCACUAGGUCCCAGACAAACGGCUCGAUUUCAACCAGGGGAUCGGAUUGUCAUCCUGACCCCUGGGGGAGGCGGUUGGGGAGAGAAACCUUCGCAAGGCCGCAAGGAGCCCGUAGCCAUACGGCAGAAGGAUGGGGUUGCUAGCCAGGGGACACUGAGGACGCAAGGGAGUCUCUUCCAAAGGAAUGCGAUUGCGGUUGGAAACUAGUCAUCUAGUGACCCAACUGUGGGCCAAAUCGCAACAUAUUCAUACUCAAUAAAGAUGUAUCACGCUCGCCGGGGAAAAGGUAUUCAGUAGACGAUAUGGUAGGGUUG